GUUGUCAGUCAGAAGUCGUCUCCGUGAAGCGCAGUCGGUGUGUGUGCUUGUGUUUCCACUUCGCCGCAUUGGGUUCGAGCAGCAGAAUGGGCCGGGGGCUUUGCGUGCGCGGUGCUCGCUCGUUUGCCCUGUAAUGCGGAGAGGAGGACGCGCCGGGGAAGCGGUUGUGUUGCUGCUGCGGGGAUCUGUGUCGCUGGAGCGGGCUAGCUCACUGCGCUAGCUCAGGCAGGAUGAUCCGCUGGAUCCGACAGCAGCUGGGCUUCGACCCUCCCCAUCAGAGUGACACACGCACAGUUUACAUAGCAAACAAGUUCCCACAGCAUGGGCAUUAUAUUCCUCAGAGGUUUGCAGACAACAGGAUCAUUUCCUCCAAGUACACCAUAUGGAAUUUCAUCCCCAAGAAUUUGUUUGAGCAGUUCAGAAGAAUCGCCAAUUUUUAUUUUCUCAUCAUCUUCUUGGUUCAGUUAAUGAUAGACACGCCCACUUCCCCUAUAACUAGUGGACUUCCCCUGUUCUUUGUUAUCACAGUAACUGCCAUCAAACAGGGAUAUGAAGACUGGCUGAGGCACAAAGCUGACAAUGAAGUGAACGGAGCACCUGUAUUUGUCGUGCGCAGUGGCAGUCUGGUCCAAACCCGAUCUAAAAACAUCCGAGUAGGUGAUAUUGUGAGAGUAGCCAAAGAUGAGACGUUUCCUGCAGAUCUGGUGCUUUUGUCAUCAGAUCGGGCCGAGGGGACGUGUCACAUCACCACUGCCAGCCUGGAUGGAGAGACUAACCUGAAGACACACUAUGCGGUGCCAGAAACGGCGGUGUCGCAGUCGGUGUCACGGCUGGAGUCUCUACAGGCGGUGGUGGAGUGCCAGCAGCCAGAGGCAGACUUAUACAGGUUUGUCGGGAGAAUAACAGUAACCCAACAAGGAGAGGAGAUAGUCAGACCCUUAGGAUCAGAGAACCUCCUGCUUCGGGGAGCAAGAUUAAAAAACACCAAAGAAAUCUUUGGUGUAGCCGUGUACACAGGCAUGGAGUCCAAGAUGGCUCUGAACUACAAGUGCAAAUCCCAGAAGCGCUCUGCAGUGGAGAAAUCCAUGAAUACAUUUCUCAUCAUCUACUUGGGCAUUCUGCUGUUUGAAGCCAUCCUCAGCACUAUUUUGAAGUACGCCUGGCAGGCAGAGAACAAGUGGGACGAGCCGUUUUACAACCAGAAGACCGAUCAGGAGAGAAACAGCAGCCAGAUUUUAAAGUUUAUUUCCGACUUCCUGGCGUUCCUGGUGUUGUACAACUUCAUAAUCCCCAUCUCGUUGUACGUGACUGUUGAGCUGCAGAAGUUUCUGGGCUCUUUUUUCAUUGGCUGGGACUUGGAUCUGUACCAUGAAGAGAGCGACCAGAAGGCUCAAGUCAACACAUCAGACCUCAAUGAGGAGCUGGGCCAGGUGGAGUACGUUUUCACAGACAAAACGGGAACCCUCACUGAGAACGAGAUGCAGUUUAGGGAGUGUUCUAUCAACGGGAUCAAAUACCAGGAGAUCAACGGGAAGCUCGUCCCUGAAGGAAUGACAGAAGACUCUCCAGACGGAUCGGUGCCUUGUUUGAACGGGGAGGAGGAGUUGUUCCUGAAAGCCGUCUCACUGUGUCACACGGUGCAGAUCAGUUAUGAUCAAACAGAUGGGCCGGGAGACCCGUUCUCACAUGCCAACGGCUUCUCGCCUCUGAUGGAGUAUUACGCCUCUUCUCCUGAUGAGAAAGCACUCGUGGAAGCCACCAAGAGGAUGGGUGUCACAUUUAUAGGAAGCCAUGGAGAAAUCAUGGAGAUUAAAACAUUAGGAAAAGCAGAGAAGUACAAACUCCUCCACAUUCUGGAAUUCGACGCGAACCGCAGGAGAAUGAGUGUGAUUCUGCAGAAGCCCUCAGGUGAAAAGGUGCUAUUCACGAAAGGAGCCGAAUCAGCCGUUCUGCCCUACACCACGAGCGGAGAGAUCGAUAAAACCAGAGUCCACGUGGAUGAGUUUGCUCUGAAGGGUUUGCGGACGUUGGUGGUGGCCUGCAGACACUUCAGAUUAAUGUUGCAGGACAAGGUCCAGGAGACGAUUGAAUCUCUGCGACUGGCUGGGAUCAAGGUGUGGGUGUUGACCGGUGACAAGCAUGAGACGGCGGUUAGCGUGAGCCUCUCUUGUGGUCACUUCCAUCGCACCAUGAACAUCCUGGAGCUCGUGCAGCAGAAAUCAGACAGCGAGUGUGCCGAGCAGCUCCGCAGACUAGCCCGCAGGAUCAAAGAGGAUCAUGUGAUCCAGCAUGGGCUGGUCGUGGACGGGGCCAGCCUUUCCCUGGCUCUGCGGGAACAUGAGAAACUCUUUAUGGAGGUGUGUAAGAACUGCUCGGCGGUGCUCUGCUGCAGAAUGGCACCUCUCCAGAAAGCCAAGGUGGUGAGACUGUUGAAGACUUCUCCUGAGAAGCCUAUUACAUUAGCCAUCGGAGAUGGAGCCAACGACGUCAGUAUGAUCCAAGAGGCUCACGUUGGUAUUGGUAGGUGCCGAAUAGGAGAAGAUGUGGCGUGCAAUUCAAAUAUACUGGUAUACAGUCUGUUUGAGCAGCUGGUGCAUCCACAUGUUCUGCAGAGCAAACCAGCACUUUACAGAGACAUCAGUAAAAACUCCCUGCUGUCCUUCAAAACCUUCUUGUACUGGACCUUCCUGGGCUUCUGCCACGCCUUCGUCUUCUUCUUCGGCUCCUACAUCCUGAUGGGAGAAGACACCACACUGAUGGGAAACGGACAGAUGUUUGGAAACUGGACGUUUGGCACUUUAGUAUUCACUGUGAUGGUUAUUACGGUCACGCUGAAGCUGGCCUUAGAGACUCAUUUCUGGACGUGGAUGAACCACUUUGUCACAUGGGGCUCCAUCGCCUUCUACUUCAUCUUCUCCUUGUUUUAUGGCGGCAUCAUCUGGCCAUUUCUUCACACACAGGACAUGUACUUCGUCUUUGUUCAGCUGCUGUCGAGCGGCUCGGCCUGGUUUGCCAUCAUCAUCAUCAUCAUCACCUGCCUGUUUCCAGAUGUCAUCAAGAAAGUCUUCUACAGGCACCUGCAGCCCACCAGCACGCAGAAAUCUCAGUUUAUUGAGGCCUACCAGGGCAUCGGAUGCGUGGACUCCAUGUGCUGUUUCUCAGAGGGGCAAAACGCCUGCUCACGGCUGGGCCGGCUGGUGGAGCGAAUGAUGGGCCGCUGCGACCCUGCUCGGGCCACCAGAUCUUGGAGCGACUCGGACACCUUCUUCUCCAACGACCGGAGCAUCCUGACGCUCUCACCCAUGGAGGUCUCUCAUUGUUAAUGCACCAGCCCAAUAAGGAUCAGCUCGUAGAGUCUGGAGACGCCUGCCCUUUACCCCGCCCCCCUGCCCUUGUCCAGUCACCA